AUGGCGCAACCGGCCUUCAACGGACAUUGUCCCGUUCCCUUUCUCCAGGAGACCCUGUUUCCUCCAUCCGGUGGAUUCAUUGGAGGACGAUAUUGUGAAACCAUUGCCGGCUCGAAUAUCUCAUGCUGCUUGCCUUGCCCCCUCGCCGACUGGCGAUAUGACAACCGCCUCAUCCAAAAGACCGAUGUCGCCAGCUGGAUCAGUGUUGCCAUCCUCCCGCUUUGUAUUUUCUUGCUGGUCUCAUACGCUGUACUCCCUGUCAAAUGGACCCAUCGCCAUUACUUGAGUGUCUGCUUCACCUUGGGCAUCUGUUGCAUGGAGAUCGCCUUCAUCAUCCCCCUUGGAGCCAAACCGAAGCAAUGCCACAAUGCCAUCACGCCUAACGAUAUGCACUCUGACCUCUCCUGUGCUUUCUCGGGAUCUUUCUUGCUAUUCGGUGGCUGGAUGGUGGUGAUGUGGAGUUUCAUUCGCACAAUUGCCUUCCACCUCCAGGUGUGUUGGGAGGUAGUGCUGGGCAAAAAGUUCAUGUGGGGAGCCUUUGUGUGCGGGUUUGGCAUUCCGGCCCUCGGGCUGACGGUGAUGCUCCUGUUGACGGGGGUGUCAUUUCGGUUUGGCGAGAUCUGUCAUAUCAACGUGGCCCAUGGGCUGCAGGACUACUGGAUCCCCAUCAUGGCAUUUGCGACGGCGGCGCUGAUCCUGCAACUCACCACGAUGGCCUACUGCAUCCACAUCUACAUCCGCUCGCUCUUCGACAAGACCACCACAGCCACCAACAACAGCUCCGGUCUGCCCUCGUAUGCCGCCAGCGUGCGCACCAUGACAGCACGACAGGCCUACCGCCGCGUGCGACGGGUGCUACAGCUCCAAUGGCGCGGCGUCACACUGGUACUGAUCAUCAUCGCGAACGUAAUAUUCUUCGCGGUAGCCUUCAUCGACCUCGACCGGGCCGUCGAGCCCAACGCCGCCAACACCCAGCACGCCAAGCCGUGGUUAACGUGUCUGGUACUAUCCGGCGGCGACAAGGCACAGUGCCGCAACAGUGCAUCAGCAAUCGGCCCCAACGAAGCGACCCUGCUCGCAGUGGUGAUCCUGCUGUCGCUGGUGGGCUUCUGGAACUUCCUGCUGUUCGCCCGACCGUCCAUGUUUGCGGGCUGGCUGGACUUGUACCAGCGUGCCGUUACGCGCCAGCAGGAAUCCGGCUCCACCGAUGACCAGCGUCGCUUUCUAGACCACAAGGGUUUCGAGAUGCUCACCACCUCAGCCAAGACCCCGGAGCCUUCUUUCGUGCCGUCGCCCAACCCCGCUCACACCCCGGCCCGGAGCCCUAUCACUAGCCCCAGCCCGUCGGGGGACCGUGGCCAUCUCGGCCAGGAGGCUCGCUAUGUUCGUCCGUCGAUGAGCUUCUCCUCGCCUCAUGCUCCCAACUCGGGUCCCGGUGGUCGUGAAUGGGAUCCGGUGGCGACCUUUGCUCCGGGGUAUGCACGAUAA